AUGGCGCCCAAGAAACAAAGCGGCAAGCAGCAAGACCCAACGAAGCUCGAGUUGCCGCCAACGAUGGUGACUAGCCCAGGAGCUCGGCCAAGCGAGCGGCCAAGAAGGAAGAAGAGCACGGCUAAGUCGAAGCCCGAGUUGCCGAAGAAGAAGACAAAGAAGGCUGCAAAGAAGGAAGAAGAGCACAAGGAAAAAAACUCAGUCGAGUUCUUUCACUAUGACCGAAGGAACACAGGAAUAAACACAAAACAGAGACCACACAAACAGCCAGAGUCGGGGAGCGUCGUCACCGGAAACCGGCGCGUGCACAAGACGCGCCGUCACCGGAGUCGGCGCGUGCAGAAGACGCGCCGUCGUCAGAAGCUCUUGAGAAGCAGAGGAUGCUCGAAACCACCGAUCACCGUCAACCACCACCGAAAAAGACAGGCUGAGGCCCGCAAGCGCCAGCAGCGGGAGAAAAACUCCCUGGCGCGUGCUUGCCACGCGCCGCGCAAGAGGAACCACCACGGCCGUAGCUUGACACAACCGGACCAGAGGGAGCCGGCGACCACCAUCGAAGAGCGCGUGUCAACAAAGAACCCGCCGAGGUCCACAGAUCUAGCUCCAAAGAUACCCUCAACUUUAGCACGGCCAGACAAACCAUCGCCGGAGACACCACGAAAAGACCGCUCCCCUCAACCUACUGCUAGUGUAGCUUCUGCUAGAAAAACCAAACAAGAGAAAGCAAACAGAAAAAGGAAGAAACUCCAAAGCUCAAAGCUUGAAGGACAACAGCCACAACCGGAGACAAGCCAAGGGAACAGAACUCCACAGCCCUAG